GGCUUGGUGGUUGAACACAACUGACUAACAGAUCUACGUAUUACAUUUUUGAACGUUUCAUUAGUUGCCGCCCUGUAAAAAUAUUGUUUAGUUGUUCUAAUAUUGUAUAAUUAAAUACCCCACAGAAAAUAUGGGCCAGAGCAACGAAAAAUUCUAUUGUGAGUGUCGUUCGAAAAAGGACAAAAAUAAGAAUGGCGGACAGACGAAGAAGUUGUUAAUGAAAAGUAGCGAAUACCUCUACAAUCCCCGUGUUUGUAAAGGUUUGGCGGUUUCUACGCGAGAAAGGGAAGAGAUGGAGCUGCGUGGAAUUUUGCCUCCAGCCGUUAGAUGUCGCAACCUGCAAGUAAAAGCCGUGAUCCAAAAUUUAGAUAGAUUCGAAGAAAAUUUAAGCAAAUAUAUUUAUCUUAGGAAUUUACAGGACUUCGAUGAAGAACUUUUCUACAAGGUAAUGAUGGAGCAUACGGAAAAACUGAUGCCAAUAGUCUACACUCCAACAGUAGGCUUAGCUUGUAUUAAAUACAGCACAAUUUUUCACCGCCCAAGAGGAAUUUUCUUGACAGUUCACGAUGGUGGAAGAAUUCAUCAUAUUUUAGGGAACUGGCCGGAAAGAAAUGUUAAGGCUAUAGUUGUGACUGAUGGCGAGCGUAUCUUGGGUCUCGGAGACCUGGGUGCUAAUGGCAUGGGAAUUCCUGUUGGAAAGCUAGCCUUAUACACUGCACUGGCUGGAAUUCCCCCAGAAUUAACUCUCCCUGUCACCAUAGACUUCGGCACUAAUAAUCAGAAAUUAAUUGAAGAUCCCUUCUACAUCGGACUUCGACAGAAAAGAGUAAAAGGGCCCGAGUACAAUGACUUAAUGGAUGAAUUUAUGGAGGCUGUUGUACAAAGGUAUGGAAGGUCUUGUUUGAUCCAAUUUGAAGACUUUGGCAAUCACAAUGCCUUUAGGCUCUUAGAGAAAUACAAGCCAAAUUAUUGCACUUUUAACGAUGACAUCCAAGGUACUGCAUCUGUAGCUGUAGCUGGAAUUCUGGCAAGUUUGAAGAUUACGGGAUUGAAAUUAGCUCAGAAUAUUUUUUUAUUUCAAGGAGCUGGAGAAGCAGCUCUCGGGACAGCCAAUCUUCUGGUUAUGGCCAUGGAGCAAGAUGGCGUUCAGAGCGAAGAAGCUAUGAAAAAAAUAUGGUUGAUUGAUUCAAAAGGCCUAAUAGUUAAGAAUCGACCAACAGGUGGCAUUACUGAGCACAAGGCCCGUUUCGCCAAAGAUUAUCAAAACCUCACAUCUCUUGAAGAGAUUGUAAAAUCCAUCAAGCCAACAGUUUUGAUUGGAGCUUCUGCACAAAGAGGGGUUUUCACCGAGAAUGUUCUGCAAACUAUGGCAAACAAUCACAAGCAACCAGUAAUAUUUGCUUUAAGCAAUCCAACAGAUAAAGCCGAAUGCACUGCCAGUGAUGCCUACAUUCAUACUGAGGGACGAUGUGUUUUUGCCAGUGGCAGCCCUUUUGAACCUGUAACUAUCAAUGAAAAGACACAUUAUCCAGGCCAGGGCAACAAUGCAUACAUCUUCCCAGGGGUGGCAUUUGCCAUUAUGGCUUGUGGUGUGCAUUAUGUUUCUGACGAAGUUUUUCUCGUUUCUGCAAAGGCUUUAGCUGACCAGGUUAGGAAGGAACACCUUGCCGAGGGUAGAGUGUAUCCUCCACUUAAGAAGAUCCACGACGUAUCUUUUAAUAUCGCAAUCAAGCUUACUCAGUACUUCUACGCUGAAGACUUCGCGACUCGUCGACCAGAGCCUCAUGACAAGAUCGCAUUUCUACGGUCUAAACAAUACAAUUAUGCCAGGCCUCUGUCAAUCAAACUGGGACGCCAUCCAUACUGA